AUGUUGGCAGGCAAAGCUGCUUGCAAUGGCAUCGUGGGCUCUGGGCACAUUGGUGGACGCUGCUCACUUUUGCUCUCCCCCCACCCUCAUCAGGAGGAUCAUUAUGCAUUUCUAAUUAGAAUAGUCUUUUCAAAGCCCUCUCUGGAGCACCUUUCUUCCAAGCACUGUUUAAUCAGCUCACUCCUCGCUCCAGCCUUCGCUGAUCGGCAGUCCAUGUGUCCAUCUCCUUCUGUCCUCUGCUGGAGAGGGCACAUCUCCGGCUGAGGACUGAGCCGGACACCAGAGAGUGGCAAGGACCAGGAGCAGGCGAGGGAGCCAGGCAGCGAGGAAAGGAGGACCCCGGCAGGCAACAGAAUGAAAUUCAGCCCAGCGCACUACUUGCUGCCUCUGCUGCCAGCAUUGGUCCUCAGCACCAGACAGGACUAUGAAGAGCUGGAAAAGCAGCUGAAAGAAGUUUUCAAAGAGCGUAGCACCAUCCUCCGUCAGUUGACGAAAACAUCCAGGGAACUUGAUGGAAUUAAAGUCAACCUUCAGUCUUUGAAAAAUGAUGAGCAAUCUGCCAAAACUGAUGUUCAGAAGCUUCUGGAAUUAGGCCAGAAACAAAGAGAAGAAAUGAAGUCUUUCCAGGAGGCCCUUCAAAAUCAACUUAAAGAAACAUCUGAGAAAGCCGAAAAACAUCAGGCCACUAUAAAUUUUUUAAAAACUGAAGUGGAAAGGAAGACGAAAAUGAUCCGAGAUCUUCAGAAUGAGAAUAAAAGCUUGAAAAACAAACUCUUGUCAGGAAGCAAGCUGUGUGGUAUCCAUGCAGAAGAGUCAAAAAAAAUCCAAGCCCAGCUGAAGGAGCUUCGUUAUGGGAAAAAGGAUUUACUAUUUAAGGCCCAACAGCUUACUGACCUUGAACAAAAAUUGGCUGUAGCCAAAAAUGAAUUAGAGAAAGCAGCUCUUGAUCGGGAGUCUCAGAUUAAAGCCAUGAAAGAGACGGUACAACUCUGCCUCACCUCUGUUUUCCGUGAUCAGCCUCCCCCUUUGAGUCUAGUCACAUCACAUCCAACUCAGAUUUUACUGCCACCCAGGACAGUUGACGCUAAGAUUCCAGACUCAACGACGAAAAACAAGCCUCAACAAAAUGUUCCUGGAAACAAUGGGAGCUCACAAGUUGAAUCAACAAAGGAAGAAAAGAUAAAUACCACUGAAUGUGAUUCUCAAAAUGAGGGCAAAGCUUGCUCAUUGAAGCACAAAGAAAGACCUCCAAGCAACACAACUGCAAACGCCAAGACUUCCUCACAGAAACUGCAAAUGUCUCCUUGUCCUGAAUGUGAAGUGAAAAAGUCAACAGGGAAAAAAUUGACCAACUUUGAGGAGGUUGCAACUAGAGAAGAAAAAAUAUUGUAA